GCAGUGCAAGAGCGCAUUUCAUCUUGUGUAUAAAUCUACCGGGUGAUCUGCUACCUCGUCUACAGCUUAUCUUACAGCACUGCUACUCGACCAUCCAGCAAGACUGUGUCAACUUCUCCCAACACGACUAAUAUGGCAAGAAACUCUGGCGACUCCGCGUCGAGGUGUUUCCAGUCUGAUUAUGGCUACUACAACAAAUCAGAUUACGCAAUGUACGCCUGCAUGGUGGUCAUGCUCGCAUUGUAUCUCGGUACAGUGAUCGCGCUAUGCGUUGUUCGCCGGAAGACUGGGCCUGGCAAACACCUCAUCGGCAUACCUUACAUGUUGGCCUUGCUGUUUAUGUUUAUCGAACAAGCCCUUGCAUUCAUUUCGGCCACUCUCCUAGCAUGCGAGAUAUCCGUCGAUAUCAGGCGCAUUUACGACACAAACAUCGCAAUCAAUGUGUUUUCCGGCAUCAACACGUUCUUGUUGCUGUUUGUUGUCAUCUACACUCUCAACACUAUGCUGCGCAAACAACUGGGCCACAACCCAUCAUCACUUAGAAUUGCCUUAGGGAUCGACCUCUUCGUUCUAGGCAGUCUCCUCCUCUCUUCUGUCGUCCUAGUGGCCUACCUCUAUUGGCAUUUCAGUAGAGCCUAUUUCCGGGGUUACAUCUCUAUUUCACCUAUGUCUCCUCUAUAUGUGACACUAGCGUUCUCUGCUGUGUUCCUCAUUAGCAUUUUGGCCUCUGGCGCUCUAUCGAUAGCUGCAGCACGGUCCCUCAAGAAGAGAAACAGUGCGAGUAAUUCCUUUGUUGCAUGGAUUGCAGUCUUGAUUGCGUUACUAUUCGGCAAUAGCUUGCUCAAUAUUAUCAUGGACUCGCUCCAGGUGUCGUCCAUUGGUCUUAGAGGGGAUAGUUACGUGGCCAUGGCAUGGAUGUCGAGCAUCUUCCGCGGUUUGGCAUACAUCACCAUCAUUAUCAUUGCCAAGAACCCAGCCUGGAGGUCGAAUAGAGAACAGCCGCAUGCAUACAUCGAUCAGCACGAAGCCCCCGCAUACCAUGGCAUGAGCCAGCGUGUAUGAUAGGCUCACCGAGCGUUCACGAUGUUGAUGACCCCUACAACAGUUAUUUGGUUUGGCUUCCUCGAGCACAGCGUUCCAUUUGUUUAGAUUAGAUACUCAGUCAAAGUACAUAUUUCGGCUCACACGUU